AACGCUUUGCUCGUUUAAUCGAUCAGCCAUUGGAAAUCUCUUUUCAUACUCGUACAGUAUUCGUAUAGCACUCAUUGUAUCAUUCAUAGCUUGCAUUUGAACCAUAAUCAUAGUGGCUGACUCAAAAUGUCAUUCACCAGCAUCCCCAUCCUCGAUUUAUCUCUCGCUCGCGACCCCGCCACCAAACCUCAACUCUUGGCGGAUCUCCGUCAUGCCUUGUUGGAAGUUGGAUUUCUAUACAUCAAGAACACGGGCGUCCCGGCCGACUUGGUCGACGACGUGGUUCGGCUCGGCAAGGCAUUUUUCGAGUUGCCCGAAGACAAAAAACUCGAGAUCGAGAUGAAGAACGCUCCGUCGUUUUUGGGCUACAACAAACUGGGCAUGGAAAUCACCCGGUUCAAGACCGACUGGCGAGAACAGAUCGACCUGUCCACGCCGCACGAGCUCCCCGGUCCCAAUGACCCGCUGUACCGCAACCUUCUGGCCCCCAACCAGUGGCCCGACGCUGAAGCUCUGCCCAAAUUUCGGGAAGUGUACGAAGAGUACAUGGCCCGAAUGGGGGACAUGAGCAUGGAAUUUACGGGUCUGAUCGCCGAGGCCAUCGGCCUGCCCGCCGACGCGUUUGCCCAGUUCUUCGACGAGGCGCAACAACAUAAACUUAAAAUCGUCAAGUACCCGGACCUCGAGGAGUUGGGGGUCGAGGGCGAGGCUCAGGGCGUCGGUCCGCACAAGGACAGCAUGUUGACGAGUUAUCUUUUGCAGGCGAGCCACCAUCGCGGUUUACAAGUCCAAAACGCGGAUGGUCAGUGGAUCGACUGUCCUCCCAUGGACGGAACGUUUGUGGUCGCCAUCGGUCAGGGCAUGGAGGCAUUGACCCAAGGGGUGUGUCAAUCCACCACGCACAGAGUCCAGAGUCCCGCGCGAGGGUCUGGUGCUCGAUACAGCAUCCCAUUCUUUCAAGGUGUGAGUUACGACGCGACUUUUGAAAGCAUGGACGUUCCCGAGUCGGUCAAGAAGUUACGCGCCGACAUCUUGGCCAAGCGAGGUGGACAACGUCUCGACGACAUCGAGUUUACAUUCAUCAAGGGCAUGUGGAGUAGGUUGGGCGAGGCCACGCUCAUGAACAGGAUCAAGAGUCAUCCUGAUGUCGGGGAGAGAUGGUAUCCUGAUUUACUCGAAAAGAUCCGUAAAGACCAGGCUGAGGAAGCGGCCAAGUUUGCAGCAAAGGAGGCGGCUGCACCUUCGUCGUCAUCGAACUUACCCACAGUGCAACAACCACACUCAAUACAGGCGCACUAAGUCAGAAUUUGUAAAGUGUAGAUGAUCAACCAUGAGAGCCAUGAUGAUGCUUCAAUAUAACAGUACAAGUGCACUUCAACGAAAGAUGCAAGUGCAGAUUAUACUCACACUUGUGAAUCGUGAUAUGCCGAGACAAGUCAGGGGAGCAGUAGCUAGCGGUUAAUAUUGCCUUCGGGGCAAUAGUGUAG